AUUGUCUCACGCCGCCGUGGUCAUUUUCUUCCGGGUUACGUUCGGAGUGGCUCUUUUUCUGAUCCUGAUUUCUAUAGCACACUUAAAAUGCAAUUGAUCGAGUGAGAGUGAGUCAGUCCAUUCUAUUGCCCGCUUCGAUUAGGAUUUGUUUGAAUCAAAGUUGAAAGAGCUUGGGGCGGCUUAAGUCCAACACGGGAAGAAUUUUUUUCUCGACCACAAUCACACCUUGCUUCGCUUCUCAACACCCGCCGUAAUCAGCUCUCUGACGAAGGAAUUUGCAGGAUCACAAUGGCAAAUCGUGUGGUUGGUGUUCUAGGUGGUGGUCAGCUUGGCCGCAUGCUGGCUGAGGCUGCCAACCGAAUGAACAUACGUGUCGUUGUUCUGGACAAAGAGGCUGCGCCUGCUAAGAAAAUCACAAAUCAUGAUGCCCAUAUCACAGGCUCGUUCAAGAGCGAAGCCGACAUCCAAAAAUUGGCCGACAUCAGCGAUGUCUUGACGAUUGAGAUCGAGCACGUGGACGCAUCCAUGUUGGAGAGAAUGGAGCAAAAGGGGAUGAAAGUGGAGCCGAGAGCCAGAACGAUUGCGACCAUUCAGGACAAAUAUUUACAGAAAUUGCAUCUGAUCAACGCUGGUGUGAGCGUCGCUGAAAGCAUACCUUUGAAGGCAGGAUCGGAGGAUGAGCUGAAGCACAUUGGCGGCGUUUUUGGCUAUCCGUUUAUGCUCAAAACUCGAAAAGACGCAUACGAUGGCCGGGGAAAUUUCCCAGUCAAGGAUAUCAAGGAUAUUCCGGCUGCUGUCAAGGCCUUGGGUGGUCGAGGAGAAGGCUCGCUCUACGCGGAGAGAUGGGCCCCUUUUGUGAAGGAGCUUGCUGUGAUGGUGAUCAACACCCAAAGUGGCUCCAAGGCCUUCCCCGUUGUAGAAACGAUUCAUGAGAACAGCAUUUGUAAACUUGUGUAUGCCCCUGCUCGUGGAGUGUCCAAUGCGGUCCUACGAGCAGCGCAGGAUCUGGCACGGAAGGCUGUCUCGAGCUUCCAGGGCAAGGGGGUCUAUGGUGUUGAAAUGUUUCUUCUCCCCAACAAUUCGUUGCUGAUCAAUGAGAUUGCUCCUCGACCGCACAACUCCGGGCAUUACACCAUCGAGGCCUGUCCCCUAUCUCAGUAUGACGCACAUUUGCGAGCUAUCCUCGAUCUGCCGAUCCCAGAUGAGAGUCUUCAGUUACGCGAACCGGCUAUAAUGUUGAACAUUCUAGGAGGAAAGACAAAAGAUGCUCAUGUUAAGCUGACCUACGAUUUUGCUCUCGCAAAUCCAAGAACCUCAGUCCAUCUUUACGAUAAAGGCGACGGUACUUCAGGUCGAAAGAUGGGUCACGUUACCGUCACAGCGAAAACGAUGAGCGAAUGUGAAGCUCUUAUUGCGCCGUUAAUACAUCAGGUUGAUAUCCUCUCCGGCGUUGCACAUCCUGCCCCUGAAUCAAUCAAGCGGAGCCCCCUUGUCGCCGUGAUUAUGGGCUCUGACAGUGAUCUACCUACUUUGAAGCCUGGACUUCAGCUGUUAAAGGACUGGCAAAUUCCAUUCACGACACAAAUCACAAGUGCUCAUCGCACGCCUGAAUACAUGGCAUCUUUCACUGCUGAGGCUGCGGCGAAGGGAAUACAAGUCAUAAUUGCUGCGGCGGGAGGUGCGGCGCAUUUGCCUGGUAUGGCAGCCGCACAUACAUCUUUGCCUGUGAUUGGUGUCCCAGUGAAGGGCAGCUCCUUAGACGGUGUGGACUCUCUAUACAGCAUUGUUCAGAUGCCGAGGGGGGUACCUGUGGCGACGGUCGCUAUCAACAACAGUCUCAACGCUGCCCUGCUAGCCGCGAGAAUACUUGGAGUUGGAGAUAUUCGGAUCAGAGAAAAAGUGGAGGCCUACGCAGCGGCAGCGAAGAUUGAAGUCGGAGGGAAAGAUAAGAAAUUGAUGGAGAUUGGAUGGGAACAAUAUCUCAAAGAGAUGGCCUGUCAAAGAUCAUAGAGAUACGUAUCACUCAACGAAUGCAGCGGUGCUAAAUAUUUCAAAUAUGAACCAGGCGUCUUUUGCUGUUUCCUACGGAUAUGCGCCUCUACUGCACAUCUUUAGUUCUUCGGUCACUUUUGCAGAUUCGGAAGGGGAUGCUCGGACCAAAGUGUUUAAAGAAUUUCAUACACAAAGGUUUCGUCUUUGUCACAUCGCUUCCCGUCGAGAGCUUUUGGCGGGGUCUGCAAAAAUCCAUGGAUUUGGCCGUCUUUCUCGUCUCGAAGUGUCGGCCAGGGAACAUCUCUCCGUCGUUUGGAAUUUGGGGUCUGCCAUAAAUACAUCGCGACCGGGAGAUCUAGACCAAUGGUGAAACAUUGAAAUUCUGAAGUGAUUUGUUAACAGUCCUCCAUAGGCGAACGAGACACCACAUGAAUACAGCCGGGAAAUAUUGUUGACCCCUUGGGGGUACGGGUCAAAAUUUGGACUACACAAAUGGCAAAAUCAAUGUACGCAAAUUUAGGUACACUUUACUAGUCACUCCCGCCUGGUAGUCAGUGACUGAGCCAAACUCAAAGCCAGUGCUUUGGUUUCUAGUGUGUGCUUCUUCGCUUGUGGAGAAAAUCUCCGCCUGCAUUAGCAGAGUGUGUAUAUUGCAGCGGCAAGGCUCAUCAUGGAAGCUGCUGCUAAGUCGGGGAUUGAAAAUUAUCAUAGGUGAUGAGAAUUUCAGCACAAGGGGGCGCUAUAGCAGAUUUACCAUCCGAUGCAUGAUAGAGAUCUCAAAUGCACAGAGACUUAUAUCAUCUCCUGGGAAUCGAGACAGCUCUGUUCAAUAAGAUACGAUAAAAUGUAUUGGCACAUCACACCUUCUUGUCAUACAAGCUUACACUCGUCAGCAAGGACGAGAGAAGGAAAUGAGGUUUAAGACUUUGAAGUAAAGAGAACAAGACAAGAAAAAGCACGUUGGGCAUAUAUUCUGAACACCUUCUGGUCAUCACGAAGAUAAUAUUAACG